AUGAAAUAGAAAAAUAAGAAACCAAUCUCUGAACUUUUGAAGCAAAAAAGAAUAGCAGAGCAAUAAUCUUAACCUGUUUAAUAGCCCCCUUCACCUCCAUCUCGAUCAUCUUCAUCAUGCUCAUCUAAAACAUCCAAUCCAUAUGAAGAUAGUAGUGAUGCUGAGGAUUAUGAGGAUUACAAAAAAGAUGGUUAUCAUCCUGUUAGUAUUGGUGAUAAAUUUCAUAAUGGAAGAUUUUAGGUGAUUCAAAAAUUAGGAUGGGGGCAUUUUUCAACAGUUUGGUUAGCACACGAUAAAUAAUCUGAAACACAUGUUGCAUUGAAAAUAUAAAAAAGCAAAUAGAGUUAUCAAGAAAGUGCCAUUGAUGAAUUAGAACUUUUGAAGGAUUUGUAGAAGCAUUUGAAAGAUGAAAAAUGGAUUUAGUAUUAAGAGCAAUUAUCACAGAUUCCAAAGUUGGAUUACACGACUUUAAAGUGGUAUGAUCCAAAUAUCAAAAACACAGAGCAAGAUAUGGAGAUUAAAGUGAAAUUGAAUGAAACAUAUUGUGUGGAAAUGGUUGAUAAUUUUAUUCAUUAUGGGAUGCAUGGAAAACAUUACUGUACAGUUUUUGAAGUCUUAGGACCAUCCUUAUUAGAUUUAAUUAUACACUUUGAUGAUUAUGAUAAAAGAAUGGGUAUGUGGUUAGUAAAAUAAAUUACAAGAGAACUCUUAAUUGGAUUAGUGUAUAUGCAUGAAGUAUGUAACAUCAUCCACACAGAUUUGAAACCAGAAAAUAUUAUGCUUUAGUUGAAAUCAUAAAAUUUUGGAGAAUUUGUAGAAUAAAUGAAAAUGGUUAAAAAGAAACCAAUAAGUAUGAAAUUCUUGGAUACAUUAAAAAAAUCAAUGAAGUCAACUAAUAAAAAGUAGGAAAAAAGAAAAAAGUAGAAAUAAAAGAAACUGUAAUAGUAAUAAGAAAAAGAUUAGUAAGUUUAGAAUGAAUAAUAAUAAAGUGAAUAACUUUAAGAAUAAAAAUUAAAGGAUACAUAUAGUACCAAAUUAAGAAACAAAUAAUAUUACAAUAUAGCAAUCUGUUUAAGUAAGAUUAAUAAUAAUAAUAAUAAUGAUGAUGAUGUUUAUAAUGGGGGCCCGGAGGAUAAUAAUAAUUAAUAGUGUAAGAAUGUGUAGAUUAAAAUUCAACAAAUAGGAAGAUACUUAAUAAAUAUAAAUUAUUGUAUAAUAGUUAAAGCUAAGUCGAAAAAUAGGAUAAAAGUGAUAAAAAUAAUUUGGAAUAAGAAUAAAAAGAAGAAACUCAUCAUAUACAUAAACAUAGAAAUUUACAAAAAGAGAAAGAAUAAAGCAUUGAAGGAUAAAAAGAAAAGUCAUAGUAAAGAAGAAGAAGUUUCUUCAGAUGAAGAGGAUGAUUAAGAUUGGAAAUCGGAUGAGGAAAGUGAAGAAUCAGAAUCAAAGGAAGUAGAUGAAGAGACCUUGUAUACUUUGAAAUGGAAAGAGCAUAUUAAGAUAAAGUUAGAUCGAGAUCUAUCAAUUAAAAUUGUUGAUUUUGGAAAUGCUUGUUGGACUCAUAAACAUUUUACAGAUAAUAUUCAAACGAGAGAAUAUAGUGCACCUGAAGCUAUAUUGGGGAUAGAAUAUGAUAAAAGAAAAGAAAUUUGGAGUAAUGAUUGUAUUGUUUUUGAAUUACUUACAAAUGACUUUCUAUUCAGACAUAAGGGGGGUAAAGGAUUUGAGAGAUAAGAUGAUAAUUUUGAUUUAGUGAAGGAGGUUUUAGGGA